GUGUGACACGCGACGAACGACAGACAUUUUCGAUUAUCAUACACAUUAAGUAAGAUCACUCUGGUUGCUGGCAUUUUUUUUGUGUGCGAUUUUGUUCACGUUUUUCAUUUCAAUCGAAAUUAAGUAGCCAAAAAGUUCGCAAAGUAAGCAUUUAAGAGUGCGUAUAAGACAUAAACGACUAUAAGAUAGCGAAAUAGAAAGCCGAGAUAUUCUUUGCAAAAGCUAGAAAAACACUCAAUCAAACGAGAAACAAUUUAUUUUUCCAGUCGAUUUAUUUGUUUAUCGUAUGUCCAUCCAAAAUUUAACAACUUUUGACCCAUUUGCUGAUGCAACAAAGGGUGCUGAUGACAGCGUACAAGACGGCCUCGUGCACAUUCGAAUUCAACAGCGAAGUGGUCGCAAGACAUUAACAACGGUACAAGGUCUAUCAUCCGAAUAUGAUUUGAAGAAAAUUGUACGUGCCUGUAAAAAGGAAUUUGCAUGCAAUGGCACAGUGAUUGAGCAUCCGGAAUAUGGUGAAGUGUUGCAACUGCAAGGUGAUCAACGUGAAAACAUAUGUCAAUGGCUUACUAAAGCUGGUUUAGCCAAAUCAGAUCAACUGAAAGUGCAUGGUUUCUAAGUUGCGGCUACACAAACACUCCACCAUCUCCUUUGCUCUUAUCAUCAAUAACAACAACACCAUCAACACAAAAAAAAAAAACAAUUUAAAUAUCAAUUCUAUUAAAUUCUCUUCCCUUUUUUUGUAUAUGCUGCGUGCUCGUGUUGACAAUGAGCCGCUCAUGACUUUAGAACAUUUUUCUUUUCUUAUGAAUUUCGUUGUUUCUCCCGGAGCUCUAUUCUUCAUGUACAUUAUUAUUAUAAAAUCGUUCACAACAAUAACAUAAUAAUAAAUAACAUAGCCAAAUGAACAAAUGUA